AGUCCCAGCCUUGCGCGUCGUGGGCUCCCCGACUCCCCCGCGGCCCUCGACCCUCGGGCGGGAGAGCAGUAAAAGGGACCGCCCGGAAGGGGAGAGGCCGGGCUCGGGGCGGGUGAGGCCAGGCCGCCGCAUCGCCCCCGCAGGGCCUCGUGAACACUGGGGUUGAGUGACACGAUUGGUGGAGCAGGAGACGGGGUCAGGGGGUGUCGCUUGCUUCGCCUGAUCGGGUCCGUUUCUGAGGUCUUGUUCUGGAAUGGUGUUUUUCGGACUGGGUCUCCCCUGGAGAAGCCCUUAAAGGGCCUCAGCAGUCACACCCACCCCUCCAUCUGCAUUCCGGUCCAACCGGCUCCCCCUCCCAGGCCUCCCAGGAUCGGGAUCCCUUCCCCAUCCCGGUUCUGGGCUCAGAAUCUGUUCCUAAGGCUGCCAACUUGGCCUUGAUUCUGUUCUGCCCCUGGGUGCAGCAGCCCUCGAUAUCAUGUCCUCAUGGCUCUAGCAUGAGACUUCAAGCAACUGGCUCACUCCUGGAGAAUUAAAGGACAUUGCCAGAGCAUACCUCCUGUCUGUAGCCAUGUUCGCUUCAAGCAAGAGGACGGCCAGUUCGCGUUCUCAAAUCCUUCUCAUGUGGAAGCCAGACAAGGCCCAGAGUGGGUCCCGCCAUGUUGAGAAGCAAACCCUCACCUCAAGGCUCUUGCGUGACACUGAGACCUGCCGGCAGAAUUUUCGGAAUUUUCCGUACCCGGACCUGGCCGGACCUCGAAAGGCAUUGAGUCAACUCCGAGAGCUCUGCCUGAAGUGGCUGAGGCCUGAGAUUCACUCCAAGGAACAAAUCCUGGAGCUGCUGGUGCUGGAGCAGUUCCUGACCAUCCUGCCCGGGGAGGUCAGGACGUGGGUGAAAUCCCAGUACCCAGAGAGCAGCGAGGAGGCGGUGACUCUGGUGGAGGACUUGACUCAGCUUCUGGAAGAGGAAGCUCCUCAGAACUCUGCCCUUUCCCAAGAAACCCCAGAAGAAGACCCCAAAGGAAGACCUGCUUUCCGGGCAGGCUGGCUAAAUGAUCUGGAGACCAAAGAAUCAAUGACAUUCACAGAUGUGGCUGUGGACAUCACCCAGGAGGACUGGGCGCUGAUGCGUCCUGUACAGAAGGAACUGUACAAGACAGUGACCUUACAGAACUAUUGGAACAUGGUUUCUCUGGGACUCACCGUGUACAGGCCAACCGUGAUUCCCAUACUGGAAGAACCGUGGAUGGUGAUAAAAGAAAUUUUAGAAGGCCCUAGCCAAGAAUGGGAAACGGAAGCCAAACCAUGUAGUCCAGUACAAGAUAUUUCCAGACUCAAAAAGGAUAGAACCCAGACCUUCAAAGUGGAAAAAUCCUAUGACUAUGAUAUCAGAAGAGAGACAGAUACCUUCAGGAAAAUUCCUACGAGUGGAAGAGAUUUUCGUUUGAAGUCAAUCUUUUCACAAGAAGAUGAUCUUACAGAAGAGUAUCUUAGCAAAUAUGAUAUAUAUAGAAAUGAUUUUGAAAAGCAUUCAAACCUAAAUAUACAGUUUGAUACCCAGUCAGAUAAUAAAACUGCUGUGUAUAAUGAAGGUAAGGCAACCUUCAAUCAUGUCCCGUAUGGUGUUGUACAUGGGAAAAUACUUCCUGGAGAUAAGCCUUAUAAAUGUAAUGUGUGUGGGAAAAAAUUUAGAAAAUAUCCGUCCCUCCUGAAGCACCAAAGUAGCCAUGCCAAAGAGAAAUCUUACGAAUGUGAAGAGUGUGGGAAAGAGUUCAGACAUAUCUCGUCCCUCAUUGCACAUCAGAGAAUGCAUACUGGAGAGAAACCGUACGAGUGCCACCAGUGUGGGAAAGCCUUCAGCCAGCGUGCACACCUAACCAUACAUCAGAGGAUUCAUACCGGAGAGAAACCCUACAAAUGUGAUGACUGUGGGAAAGACUUCAGCCAGCGUGCACACCUUACUAUCCAUCAAAGGACACACACUGGAGAGAAACCAUAUAAAUGCUUGGAAUGUGGUAAAACCUUCAGCCAUAGUUCAUCCCUGAUCAAUCAUCAGAGAGUUCACACAGGAGAAAAACCUUACAUAUGCAACGAAUGUGGGAAAACUUUCAGUCAGAGUACACACCUUCUUCAGCAUCAAAAAAUACAUACUGGGAAGAAACCAUAUAAAUGCAAUGAGUGUUGGAAGGUGUUUAGUCAGAGUACUUACCUUAUUCGACAUCAGCGAAUCCAUUCUGGAGAGAAGUGUUAUAAAUGUAAUGAAUGUGGAAAAGCUUUUGCUCAUUCCUCAACGCUUAUUCAACAUCAAACCACUCACACUGGAGAGAAGUCCUAUAUAUGUAACAUAUGUGGGAAGGCCUUCAGCCAAAGUGCAAACCUCACUCAGCAUCAUCGAACACAUACGGGAGAGAAACCAUACAAAUGCAGUGUGUGUGGGAAAGCAUUCAGCCAGAGUGUGCACCUUACUCAACACCAGAGGAUUCAUAAUGGAGAAAAACCCUUUAAAUGCAAUGUAUGUGGGAAGGCAUAUAGACAGGGCGCAAAUCUUACUCAGCAUCAAAGGAUUCAUACUGGAGAGAAACCAUACAAAUGUAAUGAAUGUGGGAAAGCGUUUAUUUACUCCUCGUCACUUAAUCAGCAUCAGAGAACUCAUACUGGAGAGAGACCUUACAAAUGUAAUGAAUGUGAUAAAGAUUUUAGCCAGAGAACAUGCCUUAUUCAACACCAGAGAAUCCAUACAGGAGAAAAGCCCUAUGCAUGUCGUAUUUGUGGUAAAACCUUCACCCAGAGUACAAACCUUAUUCAGCAUCAGCGUGUUCAUACGGGUGCCAAACAUCGUAAUUAAUGAAUAUGAGAAACUUCGUUUAGGUGUUACAGCUUGAUCAUUUUAUGUUGUAUUUUGUGCGCUGUGUGUUAAAAUAGUAUCAGAAGAAAUCUAAAGUGCAAUAUAUUGUAGAUGCUACUCAGCAGAAAUAUCAGAAUUAGUGAUAUGAAUAGAACCUAUGUAAAUUUAAUACGAAAUUUAAGAAGGAAAGUUUAUUGGCUUCUAAACUGUUACUAGUUCUGCUGAUUCCAGGAAGAACCCUAUGAACGGGUGUUCAAAACCUGUAACUCUCAACUUCUACUGUAUUUCAUGUACUUCUUAAUGAGGCCUUAUGAAAGUGUAACUUGAGAAAGCAUCCAUUAAGUGGAGAUUUCACCCUAGAGCGUGAUCCUGGGAUUAUAGAAAAGGCUACCUGUAGGCCUCUGUCUCCUCCCAGCUUUGAAGCCUUAAGAUAUGUAGAGGGUUCCCUCCCCUUUCCUAACUUCCCUUUCCUGUUGUGCAGGCACUGCCACGUGGAUCCAGUAGGUUGGGGGUAAAAGCCAGCUGAAAGGAAGUAGCUUAAAGAUUUGUGUCCACUGUUUAAUUACACUUCCCCACAGAUACUGAAAUAUUAAAGGAAGAUGAGUUUAAUGAAAGAUGAUCUGUUAGGAUAGAGAAACUAAUGUAUAUAUAACCCUUAGGUGUGUACAGAUUUAAACAGGCAAAAGGUAAACAUCCUAAACAUGAAUUAAUCUUUCAAACAUGGUAGCUAUAGUUUCACUAGAUUUGGACAUCUGAAGUCAUCCUGAAGGGAAAGAUCAGGCAUUUGGUUCCCAUUAUUGUCACUUAAUUUGUAAACUAAGGUCCCCUGUAACUUUUACUGCAGAAAGUCCAUUUCUUGAAUACUUCUGGUGCUCAGGUGCCAGACUCCCAAACCAGAUCCUUUCAUGGCUUGUCACAGUGCUAAAAAUCACAGCUGACUUAAUGAGAAAUCUUAGUAAAGGGCAGGAACCUCACUAUGUCACGGAAUGAGCAUGAGACCUGCUAAGACGGGUUGCAGAAUGCUACUCCAUAUUCAGCACAAGGAGGUAAUAAAGCAGUAAUAUAAAUAAUGCGAUAAAUGCGUAAAUGGGAAGAUCUGAGUUCACUGCAGGAAGUGUUUGGGGGGGAUCAAGACAAAAGCAGUGGGGUGAGGAAAGAAUACACAGGUAACUGAUGUGACAUGAAGUAUAAUUGGACUUGUUUACUAAGAAAAUGAGAGUGGCUAAGGAAAAAAAUGCAAAAUUCAGCCCAAUGAUAAGAAACAGCUAAAAGUCAAAUUAUUGAUUUUAAAGAGUAAUUAGAAGCUUGAAACUCCUUCAUACAUAUAAGUAGAAAUAACUCUUAACAUGUCAGGAAAAACAUUUCAUUGGAAAAAAAUUUGGAUUCAGUAAUGAGAACUGAGUUUGUGGGUCCUGACCACCAUGAAAACUGGCAGGAAUGCAAAUAGGAGUAGAUGAGAACGCUCGUGUAUUUAAUAUCCACAGUGUGCCACUGUCAGAGUAAGACCAUCUUCCAGGCUGAGAGUUCAUGCUCAUUUUUGUUUCUCCAGUGCCUUGCAUAUAGCACGUGGUCAAUACCUGUUGGUUGAAUUGAUGAAUAAGUUAUAUAGAGUUGAGUUAUAAGAAUUGACUGGCAUGAAGUAAAAAAUGGUAGAACUAAAAGUA